AAUAAAAAGUGACCAAAAGAUGGUUCGAAACGAUACGAAAACCAAGUAGAAAUACUCUUGUCACCUUACAAAAGUGAAAUCUAUUGCGCAGUUUAAAGACUGAAAAGACCAAUUAAAAAUAGAGUAAAGACUGGGAGACACAGAUGUCGUCCAAAACAACGUUCGAUUAUGAAGAAAAUGGAAAAGUUUAGGCAGCAGUAGUCAUGAUGUUGAUGAGAUAAAAUCAGGCACAUAUAAAAAUAGUUCUUUUUCGGCUCUUCUAUUAUUCCUGUUCUUUUUGUUUCUUUUAUAGUCAGUUAUCUACAUUCAUAAAUUUUGUAACGCCAUGUCAACUGCAACUGCAGCUAUAACUACAGCAGACUCACCUCCAAUGACUACAAAUGUAGCAUCCUCGAGUACAAUUACAGCGAAUAGUGAUAUCUAUCUAAGUGGAAUGGAUAAUCUGUUUCGAAUGAUAGAGCACCCUCGUAGACGAAUGACAGUGACAAGUUUGUGGACAUUUAAAUCCGCUAUAGAUAAAGAUGCUAUGAGAGAAGCUAUACAAACAUUGUGUGAACAAUAUCCACGUUUUCGUCUCGUGCCUCAAACGAGAAAAAUCUCCAUAAUACCUUCUUUAAUUCAACCUGCUAAAUGGGCACAGCCAACUUACAAAGAUUGGAUGCCUAUGGACAACGUGACAGAGCAUCAUUUAGAGCAUCCGACUACAGAAGCACUUCAACAACUUUGUUCAUCCCUUGUUUCAGAACCGUUUGAUCCUACUAAACCACUCUGGGAAAUUCAUGCUAUUUCAGGCUUGGCCAACAAUGCCUAUGGUAUUUUUUGGAAGGCGCAUCAUUGUAUAGCGGAUGGCGAAGGUUUUAUUCGCGGUUUGUUGAGCACAACGUCUAUGAAUUCUUCUUUGGAAGAAAUCAAGAAGCAAUCUGUUCUUACUCACCGUAAAAAAGUAGAAAAACACAAAGACCUGAAGAAAACACAGAGUUCUCAGUUAACAUAUUCAUUUAAAAAGGGACCAAGUGUCAUGUUAGCCUACCUUAUUAUGCAGCUACAAAUAGUUUACUUUUGGUGUAUGGUACUCCUUCAUGACGCUUACUGUUUCUUCUUAUGUCUAUUACCUACAUUGAAUUGGGUCCGCCACGAUUUCAGGUACCCUGAAGAACAAUCAAGUCAAAAGGAAAUGGCUUGGUCAGAAGAUGUAUCUAUUGCCGAUAUCAGAACCGUACGUCAGGCUUUUGCUGGUUCUACUUUGAACGAUGUCAUGUUGGCAGUCAUUGCACGUUGUAUUAAACACUAUUUAGAACAAGAUAUACACUCUCGUAAAGAUGAUUAUGCCACCCUGCUCAUUCCUCUUUCGCUUCGUAAGCCCAUGGAUUGGAGUACGCGCAAUGUGGUGAGUGGUCACUUUGGUUUUUUCUCUAUUCAAGACUUGGCCACGCCUCAGUUGCUACAACAAGUGAAACAAGAAAUGUGGGCUGUGAAAUCCUCUAGUAUGCCGCGUCUUUUCAACGCUUUUUACAAUGCGAUUGUGGGCCAUUUGAAUUUGCCUCAAUGGAUUUGGGAUCACUACACGGGUCUAUUCCAUGGUGUAUUUACUAAUGUGCCUGGACCCACUGUGCCUAUUCAAUUUGCCAACCAAGAUAUUCAAGAAUACUACGCAUUCCCUCCCCAAACGGGUAAGGGUUCGGUUGGUAUGGGAUUGCUCUCCUACUGCGGGAAGGUUAGACUUGGCGCUAUUGCUGAUAAGGCUGACAAGUAUUAUCCACACUUGGCGAAAGGUAUUUGUGAACGAUUCACUAAGGAAUUUGAAGUGAUAUUAGAAGAAGCAAAAUUGGAAUUAUCCAAUCGUAAAGAAGCUUGAGCAGUAAUAAAACAUUUCUCCAGUUUCAACAGAUUUCACGAUAUACCCCUCCCACAAUUCUUCACUAUAGUUACAUUUGUUUUAGUUAUCAAUUUAUUUAUGUAUCUACCCUCAUAUUGACCAUCCCGACUAUUUAUUCUAAUAAAAGCGUUAAUACUACUAAGCGAGGCUACAUUUUAUGAUAUAAAUACUGGUAAGAGAAUCAAUCUAAAACCAAGAAAAUGGGCACAUUGCCUAGUCUGUAGCAAUUUUCUAACUGAAAACAACGCUCAGAUUGCUAAAGUAUCAACAGCGCUCAUUUUCCUUUAGCUAGGCCUUCUUUAAAUAAUAUCAGCAUGAUCAAUGUUGAUUUUAAACAGACUGCUACCUUUUGUAUUGUACGAAAACUUGUAACAACAUUAAAGAAUAACCGCUUACUU